ACAUAAAAUACAUUUAUAGACAUCACAAAAUAAUAUUGUUAUAAUUAUCUGCAGUUUAAUCAGCAAAGUCCAUAGGGCAGCCAAUCAAGUCGGACGACAUUUGGUAAACACCCGGGUUUCCGGGGACGUUUGUAUCGCUCUUGAAGAACGAACAGUGGUAAAAUGCCACAGAAAGAUCCUUGUCAGAAGCAAGCAUGCGCAAUUCAGAAGUGUUUACAAGCAAACAAGUACAUAGAGAGCAGGUGCGAGGAUGUAAUAAGAGCUAUGCGUAUGUGCUGUGAGCACGCAGGCGAGAACUCCAUCUGCUGCUCAGGGUUCGCCAGGGAACAAAGGUCUACAGAGCCUAAAAUUCCAGGUGCAUCCUGACCUGAUUGUGGACACUGGACAACGGUCUUAUUUGUAAAUUGUACAUAAUGACAAUGCUUCAAAUGUAAUAAAGUUGUUUAUAAUGACAGUAAAU